AUGGUGGCGAUUGAUCGGAUGUUUGAGAGAACACAAGAGAGUCUGGAUGAUUUGGAAGAGGUUGGGACCAUCGUCCCUGUGGUUACCAUGUAUAUCCCGGUUGGCUUGUUCAUUGCUCUCCCAUUUUUCAAUAUUGGUCUGGGAUCAUUUGUGAAUUAUCCAAGUGGUAGUAUGGCGUUGUAUCCGUGCAUCGAACCGCUCAUCGCUAUUUGGUGUAUUAAAGAUUUUCGGAUGGUUGUGAUAAAACUGCUCCCUCGAUGCAAAACUCAAGUCACCGAAACCGUGAGAAGUGUCUACAGCUCGAAUGGAACAAAGACCAUUGUCCAGUGA